AAACAAAGAUGGACUUUGCCGUGGGGACACAGUGAGAGCAUACUUAACAUGGGAUUGUUAAACGUUGUCAUUUCCACUGUAGGAAAAUGCUUGGAGGCAGUCUGCUUACUGUUGGACGUCAAUUUCCUCCUUGUCCACACUAUAGUCCGGACUUUUCUGGCUGUGUUCAACUUUAUAACAAACCUGCCCUCACUUUUCAUCCACUCAGUGAUGGAGCUUGGCAACAUGAUCCUAUUUGGCUUCUUAUCCACAGCAGAAGCAACGUCCUACCUCGCCCACGGAACAAUGAACAUGGUGGGCAGCUUGAUGCUUUCCUUGGAGGGGCUCCUGGAGAGCCUGAAGAUGGUGGGCUACCUUGUCAUGCAUGUGCUUCUUCGCGGCAAGGAGCACCUGUGUCGAGGGUUUUUGACGGUACAGGAGGCAUGCGGCAUCGCGCUCAGCCUCCUUGUCUACCUGGUCAACACGGCGGUGAACUACGCUCUCAUCGCCACCCUCAACCUCCACUGUGUUGUGCUCGCCGUGUGGCAGACCGUGUCUAGCCCGCUGCAGAUGGCGCUUGAGCUCACGCUGACCUCCAUCACCUUCCUCUAUAGCAGUCUGGUGGGGACAUCAGCGUUCCUGUGGUCGCCGUGUAAGCUACUGUUGGACUUCCUGGCGUCGUUGGUGCACAUCUUCAUCAGCAUCUUCAUCCUGAACAUCUACGGCCUUUUGCUUACAAUCAGUAUUGCACUGACAACUACCGCCUACCUUAACCCAGAACUCACCAGACAGGCGUCGAGGCGACUUAUGUCCUACGCUAACUCUUUCCAGGCUAUUCACAGACUCCACGUGCUGCUCUGUUUAGCCUGCCAGAAGAUGUCUUGUUUAUUAUGCAGCGGCGGGCGACACCUGCGCAGGAUGUUGCGCUAUCUCCACCUGCUGGAGAGAAGAAUCUGGCAGCAGUUGUCUCGCUACAGCAGCCAGCUGGGCACGACGCUGAGGACGCAGCUGCACAGGGACAACAACACGGACAGAGUGCGAGGCGACGGCGAUCCCGGCGAGGGGAUCAGGCGGGAUCCGCCUGACGGAAGAGCAGGGGAGCAUAAUCAACAGGAACAGCUCGCCUCAACGGCGUCCAGCACGGAGAGGCCUUUAAAGGCCAACAAGGUUUUUAGGUCUCCUUCGGAGAAUGUGCUAACGCUUCAUCUGUGCGUCAUCUGUCACGACCACGCCAAGACGGUGGUGCUGCUGCCUUGCCGACACCUGUGCUUGUGUCGGCGCUGUACCGACAUCCUGCUGAGGCAGCCUGUCUACCAACACAACUGCCCGCUGUGUCGUCACAUGAUCCUCAACACCAUCGAGGUGUACCUCUGAGGGACAUUUUUACAACCACUCAGAAUAUGUUUUUAGGGCAUAGUCGCACAACUUGUGUGUUAUUUUCAUGUCAAACAUUACACAAUUACUAUGGACAGGCUUAAGUGGCUGGGUUUGAGGUUUAAGUCGUUAAAACACUUUUUUUGCUUGUCAUUGGUGAUUGAAAAUUGCUCAGGGGUGAGACCUCUCGCUUCUCAUCUCUGCAGAGAGGCCUUAAAUAAAAAAUUGCAGCAGCAAGUGAAGAUUGAUGACGGGCAGGUUUUGGGUGAAAAAAUGCGAAAGAAAAUGAUGUAAUGGAACAUAACAGUGGGUCGUUUUUAUUGCGCUAUUACUGCUCAGUUGCUCUAUAAAUAUGAAGAUCUUGUAACCAUGGUAACCUGAGUAAACAUGGCCAAUGUUUUGCUUUUUUUAAUUGGGGCUGAUUCCAGUAUUAGAAAGGAACAUGCACAAUUCUAUGUAAGUUUCAGGUGUCAUCAAUCUUUUUUUGUAUGUGUUUACAAUUUUUUUGAGCAUCAUUGUGCAUGAUGCUCUAGAAAGUGCCAUCUACAUUAUGACUGUUUGGAUGUCUAUGGUUGGAUGGUUACCUUUUUAUACCUUGCUUAUUUUUUUUGUAAGUGAAGCUGAAGAAUAUUAGUCUUGUACACAGAUUCCUCCUCAGGUUUUUCAUUCCAUGAGAUUGCAGCAGUUGAACAAUUCAAUCUGCAUCCUGUGUUGUGUUUAAUGUGAAAGAAAAGAAAUGAGAGCAUGUGACUUGAAUGUAACUCCAUUGAAAUGGAAGCAAACUUAAUGGUGUCUUUUUGUAAUUAAAAAAAAAAGUUUGUUACGUCAUUGU